UCAAUGGCUCACGGAGCAGGGCUGCGGGCGAUAUAAGAAGGAAAUGGCAGCCGCUUUCCUUUAAGAAGACGGGAAAGCUCUAUACACACAUGUGCAGAGGAGAAAUCAUCAUCUCCACAUCAUUCAUUGAUAUCAUCAUCGGACCAGCAAAAGAGAAAAGUCGCACACACACACCACCGCGACCAUGGCCGAGAACAAGCAGGCGCCGCAGACCACCAAGACCCCCUUCGACCAGCUGUCGGAGCAGGAGAAGACGCAGACCUGGACCGAGUGGGUCAAGGACUUCAAGCCCCCGCUGGGCUUCGGCGACAUGUCCGAGGAGGACCAGAAGAAGACGUACAUGGAGUGGGCCAGGGACAAGUACAACGAGCAGUACGAGAACUGGAUGCCGUGGAUCGAGGACCACUUCCUCAAGUGGUUCACCAAGGAUAACAAGGCGAGCUACGCGACAAAAGAUACCCUCGACAAGUCCAAAGUGACCGGCGUCGAGCAGGUCGACACCCUGCAGGACGGCGUCAACAACCUCGUCGCGGGGCAGGUCGGCCAGGGUGGCUUGCUGCAGCCGCUCGGUGACCUGGCCUCGAAAGAGGGCGUCAACCGGGCGGAGCGACAGGGCAAGGACGACAAGGGAGGAUAUGUCCCCACGACGUUGUAA